AUGAAACUGUGUGACGCUAUCCCAGGGACGCUUUAUGUUGUAUCUGAAGAAAAUGCUGCAGUCAGUGAGAACAAUAGGUUUACUGAAAGAUUUGAUUUCGAAUCGGCUUCUAAUCUGCCUUUAAGUAAAUUGUUUAAGGCGUAUCUAUCGGUAACGCUGGCGUGACGGGCCUUGUAACCACCGGAAUGUCGCGAUUUUUCGCAAAAUUAGGAUUGACCGCGACGUCUUGCGGGCUACUUAAAAUCGUUUGGGCCCUAGUUAAGCAGUAGAAAGUCAAUUUGCGAUAUUCUAAGUUAUAGCGCAUUGUAAAAAUUUGCAUUAUUUUAACCCUAUAAUUUUGAACGGUAAGAAAUUGUCAAUAGCGCCAAUUUUUAACGAUACCUUUUUGGCCACAAAUUUAUUACAGCUUUCACAAUUUUAUCGUCUUAUAAGAAAGAAAAGGUCAUAAAAACUAUUCGUGCUCUUCAAAGGCUGCCAGAUCGUUGUGGUUUGCAUUGACGUACGAGUCAAUGGAAUUUGCGUAAAAUUUCGCUUCACCGGAAGUGGAUUUUAAGCUCGAUCCGAACGGGCAAAACGCGUUUUCUCGAAUUUUAACAAAAGAUCACGUUUUUUGGGAAAACUAACUGCAGCACGUUUCAUUACUCAUUAAGGGUUAUCAAUGAACCAAAAAUGAGCGAAAUCAAAUUUUGAACUUGUGCCUACCGUGGGUCAAUAUUAACGGAAAGCCGCUCUUAAAAGCAGAACUGGAUCCUUGAUAUGAAAGUUUGUCCAUUUUCUUAAAAAAAUUGGCCGAGCCGAUUGGAACAUUCCAUGCUGGAAUUCAAUAUCAGUAAAAUUCAAUGGUAAUUGGCCCUUUGCAUCUCGACAUUCACUGGAAGAAGACAAACAAACAAAAAAUUACCAUUUUAAAUUAUGUCAGCUCAUUGUUUGUCUUGUCCAAGUGGGUUCCUUCCUCUCCAGCAUGGCGGUUUUGUAACACGUGAAUGACUAUCCGCAAAGCGCCUAUUCAAUUUCAGUUGAAUUUCAUUUCAAUGGUUGUCUUCACACUAGGCUGUAAAAUACUUAAUUUCUUGGCCAAAAAUGCUUGUGUGAAGGCCUAAGUAAAAUCUCAAGUAACUUUACUUUUCAUCUCAUUAAAGUGGGAAAGUUGAAAAGAUUCAAGAAAGUUUCGAGUCACUUGAAAACCAUCCUUAAAACCGACUUAGCGAACUUGCGGUCUCUAAGCCUUGAGAAAGGCGAAGCAUGUCAGUCAAUCUUAAUUAUGUUGCGUGGGAAAAUAGGCUCAAGAAAAGCUGAAAAGCUGAAGUAAAAACGAUAGGUUGUGUGCGAAGCUUUCUUUUACUUGAAGAAUUUAAAAUUUAUUUGUCUUGAAAUAUUUCUUAGGUUAUUUAGACUCUAGUGUAAAGACAACCAAUAUAAUGGGAAUUCACACUUUGAACUUGAUGUGCGGGAAUAAAACAAAAGAAAACAUCUUAAAGCUUGGGGGUGAAAAACUGAUACGAUUCUUAAUUAAUUCUUCAAUCAUGAUAGUGUUAAAAUCAAAGAGCUGUUAUGUCCUCUUCGUCAUUUAGUGUUCAUUCAGGAUCAGUUCAUUGAAUUUAAAUUGAUUAGAAAUUUGAUGCUACUACAUGAGAAAUUUCUCCAAUUUGAUUGGCUUAGAGCAGUGGCAUUUCCGCUUAAUUUGAAAUACCUACAUUUGAAAAUUACAGACUGUUUGUGGGUAGUGGUAUAAACAAAUAAUUGUAUGAUUUGUAGUGAUAUUUGGCAUAAAUACUACUCAUGAUAUUUCAAAAUUGUCUCAAAUUUCACUCGCCUAACGGCUCCUGAAAUUACGUAUAACAAUUUCGAAAUAUCACUCGUGGUAUUUAUCCCAAAUAUCAGUACAAAUCAUGCUAUUACCUAUACAAAUUUCUAUUGAAUUAAUGCAAAUUUCAAGAAUCAGUAUUUAAGCAUUGUCUUUUACUUCUCUUGGAACCACUACAAUACCCAGGAAAAAUGAAAAACAAAGGUUAUGCAAAGUUUUUGGAGGCAAACAAGGUGUAUUAUGGGAGAUGUCCAAAUGGCGAAUCGGAUAUAAAGUGGCACCUCAUUCUAAGCGCUUUCAUUUCUUCACUGGGUAAUUUCAGAAGUGACUGAGAUAAUGAAGUUCCUUUUUAUCUGUGUUUCUCUGGUUUGUGCCAGUUUGCCGUAUUCCUCUCGAGCUGGAGUUCUGGUAUCUCGAAAUCAGGUAAGACAGUCGACAUCAGAUUUUUCUAUGUACUAAGAAUGAUUUUCAGUUGACUUUUUCCGUCAUUGCGGCAAGUUUUGAUUUUGUCAGUGGCUCUUUCAAUGUUUUAAUUAAGCUCCCACCGCCUCAUUAUAGACCCGGGGAGAGGGGGGGGAACUCCGCAUAUGAAACGGGUGGGGAUGCUCGUCGUCUUGCUUAGGGGUGUAAAUUUCGGAUUUUGGUCUCACGUAGGGUGUUCUGGGCAAAACGCCAUCAUAUUUAGCCGUGAGGGUCUCGUUUAGGGUUGUACGCGAAAAAAUAUAAAAAUAUUUAUAUUGUCUGUGUUUUAACAUGGUCUCUUUUAGGGGUCAAAAAAAGCUCGGGCCACCCCCAGAUCGGUCUCCUUUAGAGGAUUAAUUCAAAAUUUGCGGGGUCCCCCCCCCCCCCGGAUUAUAGACCCUUCCACGGUUGUUUUAACUUUUGGCUGAGAACAGUCAGUGAAAAUUCGUCGACAUGAUUGAAAAGAACGCCUUUAAAUCAGUAAAAGUUGCCAAGUGUAAAAGUGAUUUGUUGAAAGCUGACGACUACUGGGGAGCUUUGCAAAUUCACCGAACCAUGCAGACGUUUACAUGGUUAGAGGCGAGUUGAUGACUGCAACAUACUAAUGCUUGUAAAAUUUCGCUGGAUGUUGUGGAGUAAUACCCUCGCUUACUUUGGACUUUUCACCUUAAAACUUGGUAGGUUUCCUCCUUUUAAGGUGCUAUUUCCAGCAAUUGAUAGAUACUCGCCUUGACUGGUCUUAAAAAUACCGUUAUCGGGAAAAGGGGCUAUAUUUACAGUAAAUUCUUAAAUAACUAUGCAGUCUUCCUCACGUUGAAAAUCUUUUAAGAUACUGCUAACACAGAAAAAAAAAUGAGAAGAGUGCGUUAGAUCGAGUUUAUAACCGUGUUAUUUUGUUUAAUUCUGUGCCGCUUUCUCUUGCACAGGAACAAGAACCCUUUUAUCCGCUCUUGGCCUGCGGUAACUGCGGGAAACCAGCUCAUACUUAUUUGCAUCUUAAUUAAAAAUAACCAAAAAAUAACAAUAUAGCACAUUUGUUAUACGCCGUGUUCUUUUGAGCACUGAAUUAAUUUUCCGCAAUCUCGCAUCUCUCUCUCUCUCUGUAUGUUUUGUUUCCUUUGUUGUAUAUGUCAUGCUAUAAGUAAACUUGCGUCAUCAUUCUUUUCCUUGAUUUUUUAUCUGUUUUAGUAUCCAACAAACCCAUCUGCUCAUAUCGAAGCUGCCGAUAGGGAUGAGGUUCGCUAUCAACCUAACACAGGUACUUUAAGUUCCUUGCUCUUAAACUUUGAAAACCGGAUUUGCAAAAAUAUCAACUCAUUCUACUACUUGGUAAUUUAAAACAACAAAACUCAUUCAAAGGCCCAUUAAAAGCCUUUAUCUGACGCCGGGCAGUAAGUUAAUGGUCCCUAGAAGCAUUCCAACGAGUCCAAAUUUAAAAUGACGCAAACAUUAGAACUUUUAUUCAGUAAACUGAGUUCGCGAAGUUUCAAAUCGGUGUCAUUUCAGUCUAGAAAUUUUUAAGUUGAGAGUGAACUGCAGCAAAAGAGUGCCUGGUUAAGGCUUACAUUAUACACUUAAUGUCAGAACCCAAGGGAAACAGCUAGUUUUGUUUUCCCGACAGUCCUGAUGUUUCUCGAGACGAAGUCGAGGGAAACAUCAGGACUCGAGGGAAAACAAAACUAACUGGUUUCCCGAGGGACCUGAUAUCAAGUGUUUUGUUAUAUUUCUAGACUUUCACUUCAACAGCUAGCAACAAAAGAAUAACCGGAGCGAACCAAAAGAGUUGACUCGGUUCUUAUAAGAACACAAAUUUAAUUCUCAAAACCACUGAAUGAAUGAUUUACAAACUAAAGUACUUUCCUUAUAUUAUCUGCAUCUUUUUCAUCCACUAGCUGCUGUUUUUCUUCUGGAAACUUCUGGGAUAACUUUGAAAUCGUUGCUUUUUAGCUUGAGGCUUCGUGUUUGUGUUGUUGUGUUCAUUCACGAAAAAGAAAACUGGCAGGACCUGGCGGUGUUUUUCCCGCCUUCUGUCACGCCACUUUCCACCAUGCUUUGAUCACGUGCUGCAAUGUAUCCCGAGCGGGGUACAUUAUUUAAUGUAUCACGAUCGGGAAACAUUUGAUUUUAGUCAAGGCUACGUGACCAAGACGUGGCUACGUGUUUAGUUGAGUGAAAGUCUAGGAAUAUAACACACAACUUAAAUAGCUAGCAAAACACUACUUUUUUUCGCGGUCCUAUAAACAACAGGAUUCCGCAUGGAAGAGAAAUGAAUGAAUGAAAUGAAAUGAAUGAAUGAAAUGAAUGAAUGAAUGAAACAUAGUGCAGAAAUUACUGCCACCUUCUUAUGUGCGCUGCCAUUAGAGCCCGCUGAAACUAGACCUAGAGCCAAUUUUUCUGAUUCAAGAGUUACUUUUCCAAGAUACAAUCAGCUAUAAAGCUAAACACAGACGAAACAAUAUUAAUGGCUGGCACAGAAUAUUUCGGCCAAACCGCAGUUCAACCACGCGAUCACAUACCUGUCAACACCAUGCGGAAAUCACACAAUCACACACUUUCGCAGAACUGAUCUUACUAUCCAUAACCACGCAUAAUCUUCUCACGGUUAAAAUAAGCGAAAUAUCAUCGAAUAACUCGGAAAACCUCAGCCAGAUAAACACCUGUGGACUUUUCUCUUAAACUCGUCUUAUUCAAGUUCCCGGAUGUAGAGACACGCGGUCGGCGGAUCACCUUAGCCUUGUUUUCACACCAGAAAAAAACUCACUCUUGGCCCGGGUCAAAGUUCGCUGGCAAUCUUGCUUUCACCUAAAUCAUUUGUCUCCUAAGAACCUGUUCCCGAGGCCAAAGACUUAGUGGUCACCUUAGAAAAGCGAACAAUAUCGUAGCUUCCUGUCUCAGGAUCAGGAGGGUGAUUGAUCCGCUUAGCCAAAUCAAACGAGAAUAUAAUACGAUAUUGGACUAUGCAGACUCUGCGAAUAGUAAUAACUUUGUCCCAUCUCAGAGCUUUACAUAAUGCUCUCCGGGAAAGUUUUCUCAAGGUGACCAAUAUAUAAAACUAAACUGCUAAACGGCACCGAAACCAGCUUUAGGCGCGCACUGAUUUCAAAUAACUGUCACUUGUGUUAAAGAAAGAAUUGUGGGUAGGGAAAAAAAUCGGUAGGUUAGGGGGGUUAAGAUAUUAAUUCUGUCUACAUCCACUUCUAUACAAAUCCCUAACCACAACACAAGCAAAAAAAAAAGACAGAAGCAAGCAACACAGUAAACAUACGUCAAGCUAUUAGACAGGGGAAGUUGAGAAAAAUUACAAAAUGUUUGGUUUUUAUAACUCCAGGUAGAUUUGCAUUUAAUGUUUUUUUUUUUUUUUUUUUUUUGAGCCAGAACUUUGAAAGAAACUAAAGUACACCUACAGAAAUAACGAUUUUUUAAAACGCGUCAACAGGGAAAAAUUCUUUGCGAAAAAGUAUAAAAUGAACGAUUACUUCUACUGUAUCGUUGUAGGGUAACAAUGUAUCAUGCGAUCUCAUUAUUAAUCUCAGAAAAUCGUGCUAGGAUAUCGUGGGGUAUUCGGUUGGGUUCAACCUCAAGCCCUGAACACGAAUUGGGUAGGUAGGGUUAAAAGUAAAGUUUUGAAAGUUCUUGGAGAGUGAUCACCUUUAUAUGAUCUCUUAAAUCACAUACGCCUGUUUAUACUUUGCUUCAUAGUGAUCAAGGACUGGUCUGUCAACGCUCCCUACAGCUACCUUGGAUGCGGCAUGAAGUAUCAAGACGGAAAAUUGACGGUGCCUGAUCCCGGACAGUACUAUAUCUACGCUCAACUUUACUUCCACAACAAUGGACGAGUCUUUAUCAGAGUUAACUACAAAGUCGUGACCAUGCUUCAGCCACCCGUAAAUGAUAAAGACUUUCAUGGUACCGUGUACGCUGGUGGGGUUUUCAACCUGAACGCUAAUGACGUCAUCACGUUGACUGCUCACUGUUAUCCUGAUGAAAAAGGACCUAUAAUUUACAUGGCUCCCAGACACAGUUACUUUGGCGCAUUAUUGAUUUAA